AUGGAGGAUAUUCAGCCCGGCAAAAAUACCGUCCAAGCCCCAACUCCAGCCGAGAACGGCUAUGAACUCUAUCAAAUAGCACCAGCCAUCAAACCCUCUCCAUCAUUAAUUCUCAACAGCUUGAACAUACCUUAUUUCUGGGGCGAAGGCUACGACCCUAGAAUUUCACCCACCUUCUCCCUCCAUUCGGGAUACACCGAAGCACGCCACCUUAUUGGGGACGGCAGCUUAGAAUCUCUGGAAUCACUCACCACCACCGCCCUCCAAUACAUCAACCGCGUAUUCAACGAUAUCUCCUCAUCCUCCGAAGCCACCACAUUCAUUUCCCCCUCUCUCUCCCCCUCUCUCCUAAAAUGGAAAGAGACUCAGCACGCGCUUGGCAACAUCCUUCCCUCUAAAGGGGACGGCAUAAAACGAGCCUCGCCCUCAGCCUUGAGAAUCCUCAACGUAGAAUCCUGGCCUGAGCCUCUUCUGACAAAUGGGUCCUUAUUCGGUUGCGGAAUGGCGAAUAUGCUAAUCGGAGCCUAUGAUUCUCGGGUUCUGUUUUCGAAUUACUGCGUCGAUAUGAUAUUUUAUUACGAACACGGAUACCAAAAAGUCUUCCCCUUAUUCGAAGAUCUCGUCAAAAAUGAAUUGGCCAAUCCACAUGCUAUAGCUUCUCCUGCUGGCUACGAACGAAGAAAGGCGGCGGAGAUAGGAAUGCGAUAUAUCAAACGCAAGAUUGAGCUAUAA